AUGUCAUCGGCAGGACCAUAUAACUAUUCUUAUAUAUUCAAAUAUAUUAUUAUUGGUGAUAUGGGUGUAGGAAAGUCAUGCUUACUCCAUCAAUUUACAGAAAAGAAGUUCAUGGCUGACUGCCCGCAUACUAUCGGCGUAGAAUUUGGAACACGAAUAAUAGAAGUUAGUGGCCAAAAAAUCAAACUGCAGAUUUGGGAUACUGCGGGUCAGGAGAGAUUUCGGGCAGUCACUCGGUCGUAUUACCGCGGGGCUGCGGGUGCUUUAAUGGUGUAUGAUAUUACACGCAGGUCUACUUAUAAUCAUCUAAGCAGCUGGUUAACUGACGCUCGAAAUCUAACAAAUCCAAAUACGGUAAUAUUUUUGAUUGGAAGUAAGAGUGAUCUGGAGGCUCAGCGGGAUGUAACGUAUGAAGAAGCCAAAGCUUUUGCUGAUGAGAAUGGGCUUACUUUCCUUGAAUGUUCUGCCAAAACAGGCGAAAAUGUGGAAGACGCAUUUUUGGAAACGGCACGGAAAAUAUAUCAGAAUAUACAGGACGGAAGUUUGGACCUUAACCAAGCUGAUACCGGUGUGCAGCCGAAGCAAAAUCUCCCUCGAACUAUUAAUACUGGUGGGCAAGAAGGAAAACAGUGCAACUGUUAG